AUUGCGGUUUGAAUGGUUGAAGGACGGCGUCUACGGAAAGUCUUUUAAUUAGAACUUUUAGAAAAUAAAUGAAACUGUAGUGCCAUUGACUCAUAAAGAACCGCGAACAACGGCUGGUUUGCCUUCGAGCAACAACUUCUAUCUCAUCAGAGAGGAAAAAUCUGGGGUUAAAAGUCGAGCUCAGAAGUCAGACGAGUUUGGGAAUGGAUAAAAGUUGUAAUGGCCAACAGGCGAGAUGUUUAACCUCACAAUUCAGAGAAUCUACACACAGAGCUUUAACUUUACUGCGGAGGAAAGCGAAACGACGUCAGAUAGAAGCGGAGCUGGAGGCAAAAGAGGCUUGUGAUUGGCUCCGAGCAGCAGGUUUUCCUCAGUAUGCUCAAUUCUAUGAAGCCUCUCUGUUUCCCAUUGAGAUCUCCGCCGUGAGGAGAGACCAUGAGUUUCUGGAUCAUGACUCUCUCAAGGCAUUAUGCAGGAGGCUAAUGACCCUGAACAAAUGUGCCGCGAUGAGCUUGGAGGUUCAUUUUCAAUGUAAACAGCAAAGUGAGGAUUCUGAAGAGGACGACGCAUGUGCUCUUAGUUCCCGUUGGGCGUUUCAGCGCGAGAGUAAAACAUGGUCCCGUCUCCGCACCCUCUCGCCCAAUCCUGUCGUACCUGGCAACAGGACCUCAACCUUACGACCCUCAGGAAGUAGUGACAGUGUGCUGAGUGAAAAUAGUCUCCUAGACGUCACCUCGCUGACCUCUGACCUCAGCACUAGCAGCUUGAGCUUGGACAGAACACGGGAAACGACCUCUCCAGACGUUGUAGGCGUGAGCUCAUCGCCCGUUUCCGUCUCAACCAGCCAAGAUGAAAACGAUGAAGCUGGGUCCUCAUCUUCACUGCCCUCAGUGAGAGAGAAGGCAAAGCGUUCUUCUAGAACAUUCUUACGGAGGAGAGAAUCAGUAAAGAAGAGGGAUCGAGAGAAAGCGACGGCCCCUGCUAGUGUUAUAACGGUCUCUCAACAUCAGCCACCCUCAGGUUUACAUUGUACAUCUGAUACAAGUUUGCCUGGACAAACCGCAAACAAGUGUCGAAAUACCAAAGAUGUUGCUAGGAAGUCACAUACAAUAUGCCGCAGUAACGUUAGCCAGCAAGCUCCUCUGCACAAGCCUCACAGAACAUGCCUUUAUCUGGAGGACUACCAGUUAGCAUGGGAGAUGCCCAAGUUAACCAAUCACAACCGUCAGAAGAAAGAUCGCGUGGUCCAUCUCCCCUUUGACCACAAACCUGGAACGUUCCCCAAAUCUUUGUCAAUCGAGAGUAUUUGUCCAGUCACCGUUUCUCAAAGUCCUAGACAUAGUGACUGGAUGGGAGAAGAUGGAGACUUCUCGUUGGACGGAAGCAUUAGUCACAGCGGGUCACAAGAUCUUUUCUCACCUGGUUUUGGGAAGAGAAGAAACUCAGUGAGCUCGAUCGGAAGCAUAUAUGACAACGUUCCAGAAGCACCGGACAGGCCGUGUGACACAUUCGACCCCGGGAAAGAUGAAACUUUCCAGCAUCUAGAUGAAAUUUUACAGCACGUGCACGGGCUUCAGCACAACAUUGACGAAUGGUCUCGCUCCCUCAGCAUUCAGCAACAGGACCAAUCUAAUGCAGAAACCGAGUCAACGGCGGACACAACAUUAGCCGGCAGUUUGAUCAACUCACUCAACUUUGACGAACGUUCCAUGUCAGAUGUUGGAACAACAGCAAGCGAUUACGAUAGCGGAGGAAACUCUAUGAAUGAGGGAGAGGGAGGAAUGAGAGAGAGGAGGGACUCCGGGGUGGGAGCAUCGCUCACUAGGCCCAGCAGAAAGUUGCGUUGGCACAGUUUCCAGAACUCCCAUCGUCCGAGCGUGACCUCUGCAUCUUUAGAGAUCAACAGACAGUCGGCUGCUCAGCUCAACCUCCUGCAGAAGUUCAGUCUGUUACGACUGACGGCCAUUCUGGAGAAACACACGGACACCAGCAAACACGGCUGGAACUGGGUGGUUCCCAAGUUUAUGAAGCGUUCCAAAGUUCCAGAUUACAAAGAUAAACACGUAUUUGGAGUUCCACCCAUCGUUAAUGUCCAGAGAAGCGGUCAGCCCCUCCCACAGAGCAUACAGCAGGCAAUGAGAUACCUACGCAGCCAGUGUCUGGAGAAGGUGGGAAUAUUCCGGAAAUCUGGAGUAAAAUCCCGUAUCCAGGCCCUCAGGCAGCUCAAUGAGAAUUCCCCCGAUCAUGUGACCUACCAGGGCCAAUCCGCCUACGAUGUGGCUGACCUGAUUAAACAGUACUUCAGGGAUCUGCCUGAACCGGUGCUCACCUCCAAACUUACAGACACCUUUCUGCACAUAUACCAGUUCGUUCCAGCUGAACAGCGUUUACAGGCCGUGCAGGCAGCUGUGAUCUUGCUGCCUGAUGAGAACAGAGAGGUUCUACAGACGCUGCUCUAUUUCCUCAGUGACAUCGCAUCCGCACAGGACAACCAGAUGACUGCAGACAACCUAGCUGUGUGCCUUGCCCCCUCUGUACUGCAUUUGAACACUUCGAAGAAAGAUGGGACUUCACCAAGGCUCAUAAGCAAAAAAAGUGGAGCAAAGCCAGACCACAAGGAACUGAGUGAGAACAUGGCUGCCACGCAGUGCCUUAGUCACAUGAUCACAGAAUGCAAGAAGCUUUUCCAGAUCCCUCAUGAAAUGAUGCUGCAGUCCAGGAACUCUUAUGUGGCGGCUGACGCCCAACCGCUGCCUCUGCAUGGGCUUGGUGUCAACGCCCUGGGAGAGCCUGUGGAUUACAGGGCGUAUCUGGAAGACAACAUUCAGUGUCUUCUCAGAGAGGCAUCUGAGCGGAGUAAGGGCUGGCAUCACGCCCAUGGACCUGAUAACACUGAACUGGCUUAUAAAAAGGUAGGAGAUGGGCACCCGAUGCGCCUGUGGCGCGUUUCUGUGGAGAUUGAGGCUCCGCCUGCUGUGGUUCUGCAACGUAUUCUGCGAGAGCGCCACCUAUGGGAUGAAGACCUUCUGCAUAGUCGAGUCAUUGAGACUUUGGAAAACAACACUGAGGUCUUUCAUUACAUCACGGACAGCAUGGCCCCUCAUCCUCGCAGGAAUUUCAUAGUUCUCAGGCGUUGGUGUAGUGAUCUUCCGAAGGGGGUUUGUGUUCUUGUGUCCUCCUCUGUUGAACAUGAUGACGUACAGCUGGAGGCGGGGUUACGGGCUGUUCUUCUGACCUCACGGAUUCUUAUUGAGCCAUGUGGAAUGGGACGGUCCCGGCUUACACACUACUGCAGGGCUGAUUUAAGGGGGCGCUCACCUGACUGGUAUAAUAAAGUAUUCGGACACCUGUGUGCAAUGGAGGCUGCCCGGAUAAGGAGUUCGUUCCCUGUUUUGUCAGCACGCGGGCCUGAGACCAAACUCUGAAUCAGGACCUACCAGGAUUUUAUCCAGUUUGACUUAUUUUUAAAAAGGGUUUGAGCGAGAAAGAGAGAAUUAUGAGAGCUCAGGUGUGAGAACAAGAUGAAAGUGUAAGUGUGAGAAACGGUGGAGAAUGUGAGUAGAGAGUAGGAUUUGUGAAUCUGAGAAAGAAUGAGGAAGAAGAGAAUACUGGAGUACAAGUAUUAAAGUAACCCAUAAACGCUAUUAACGAUCAAUGUGAAAAAAGCUCAAACUCACAAUUGUGUGUGUUUUUGUUUGUUUGUGUUUAAUGGAAUAUUUGUGGUAAAGCAGUGUGUCUUAAUAGACAUCUAUUAUGCCCCAUUUGUUCUCAGGGUAAAUGCUAACAGUUUUUUUUCUUGACUGGUACAGGAACUGUCAAAUGGCUUAAAUUGACAAAUGACUAGGUUAGAAUAAUUUUCAAACCCCUGAUGUGAAAAAUGUGAUGAUCAUUUGAUUUUCUGAUGGCCAGUUUAAAUCAAUGUAUGAUAUUCUAUAGUCACAACCUCCAAUCAUCUAUCGUUUCUAUCACCUUAUUUAUUUGUGGCAAACUUCAUUUAUGAAGUUUUUGUAUUUUAACAUCAGCAUGGAAUCCAUGGAAAUUAGCUUCUUCCAGUCACUUUGUAAAUUUUCUUAACCCCAAAGGAUAACAUUUUGUAAUAUAAUUUUCCUUCAUAUUGUUACUAAACUGUUACGAAACGGUUUGCGGUCAAGUUCUAACUGCCUAAGUGCCUUUGAGCAAGUAAACUUGUAUGCGUGUGUUCGUCUUACAAUAUGAUUAUUAUUAUUAAAUUAGUGCAGUCUCACCAGGGCAUUAUGUAAUUUCAGUAUUUUAUUUAUUUAAAAGUAUUACUACAUGUACAGUAUACUGAUUGUUUUUAAGCAUUCUGCCUCAUUUUGUAAAGAGGAAAAGUUUAAUGUGCAGUGACUCCAAAUGCCACAGUGUGGUUAAACAGUAUGUGCUUUGACUCUAUCUGAUGUACAGAAUUCUUGUGUAUUUACCCUUAAUGUUUAUUUUAUUGAAAUCCCAGUGUUAAACUCAGGCAUUUGAGACCGCUUCUUCCGAAACUAUCGAAUUCAUUUUAUUUACCAUUGUGUUUUUUUAUUUGUUGCAUUUUCAAUCAUACUCUCAUGUGUAUUGUGCCAACCUAGCCUUCAGUGCAAUGACAAUAAAGUGGCUUUUCAGA